AUGUCCGUCGCGACGAUGCUUCAACCCGCGUCCAGACAGUCGCGGGCCUCGUCGUCCUCUUCCUCGUCGUUUCAGCCUGUCGCACGACACAACACGAUGUCGUCGCACGAUACUCGGUCGCUCCGCCAAUCUAAGCGGAUGUCGGUCACGGCUCUGUACCUGUCGAUGUCUGCCAAGGACCGAGAUUUGGAGAUCUCCGAUGAUUUGGCACGAGCGCAAAAACACCUGCGAGAUUUGAAGUCGAGGAUUUCGUCACAAUCGAAAAAGAACUUUGUGUUGGAAAAGGAUGUGCGGUACCUGGACUCUCGGAUUGCGUUGCUCAUUCAGAAUCGAAUGGCAUUGGAGGAACAAAACGAAGUCGCCAGUCAUCUUGACGAUACCGCAGACCCGCAGGAAGGCUUCUUCCCCAACGAUGAACGAACCCAGAAAUACGGCAAUCUACUUUUCCUCCUACAAUCAGAACCCCGCCAUAUCGCCCAUUUGUGCCGUCUCGUGUCCAUGGCCGAGAUCGAUUCCCUUCUACAGACUGUCAUGUUCACCAUCUACGGAAACCAAUACGAGAGUCGCGAAGAGCACCUCCUGCUCACUAUGUUUCAGUCCGUCCUCACGUAUCAGUUUGAUAACACACCGGAGUACUCGUCCUUGCUGCGCCAGAACACCCCGGUUUCUCGCAUGAUGACCACAUACACCCGCCGUGGUCCCGGUCAAAGCUACUUGAAACAGGUUUUGGCAGACCAGAUCAACGCCCUGAUUGAAUUGAGGGACGUCGAUUUGGAAAUUAAUCCCCUGAAGGUUUAUGAGACCAUGAUUAAGCAGAUCGAAGAAGAGACUGGCACCCUUCCGGAAUACUUGGCCCGGUCUGUGACCGCCGAAGAUGCUGCUGAAAAUGCGCAGGUCCAGGCCAUCAUUGCUCCACGUCUGAAGAUGCUGACGGAUAUCGCUAAUGGAUUCAUCACAACGAUCAUUGAAUCGGUGGAUGAGGCCCCGUAUGGUAUUCGAUGGAUCUGCAAACAGAUUCGCAGUCUGUCACGCAGAAAGUAUCCUGAUGCGCAGGAUCAAACCAUCUGCACCCUCAUCGGUGGUUUCUUCUUCCUCCGCUUCAUAAAUCCAGCAAUUGUUACCCCUCGGUCCUAUAUGUUGAUCGACGCUACGCCCACAGACAAGCCUCGCCGUACGCUGACGCUGAUCGCUAAGAUGAUCCAGAAUCUCGCAAACAAGCCUUCUUAUGCCAAGGAGCCUUACAUGGCCAGCUUGCAGCCCUUUAUCCAGCAGAACAAGGAACGUGUCAACAAGUUCCUCCUAGAUCUGUGUGAAGUCCAGGAUUUCUAUGAGAGUCUCGAGAUGGACAACUACGUGGCCCUGUCAAAGCGGGAUCUUGAGCUCCAGAUCACCCUCAACGAGAUGUAUGUCAUGCACGGUCUUCUGGAGAAGCACAGCGAAGCACUUGCCCAGGAUCAAUAUUCACACCUGUCGGUGCUGCUGCAAGAAUUGGGCGGCGCUCCCCCUCAGGUUCCCCGCAAGGAGAAUCGAACGAUCACUGUGCCUUUAUUCAGUAAAUGGGAGACUGCUCUCGAUGAUUUGACAGCUGCUCUCGACAUUACCCAAGAAGAAGUCUUCUUCAUGGAGGCCAAGUCCACAUUUGUCCAGAUUCUCCGAUCCUUGCCUCAGAACUCGUCAGUUGCUCGCCGACCUCUGCGACUCGAUCGCAUUGCCGAAGCCGCCGCAACACUGAAAAAUGAUGCUGUCAUGGUGCGCAAGGGCAUCCGAACAAUGGAGCUUCUCAGCCAGCUACAAGACAUGGGUGUGAUUGAUCGGUCUGACGAGUUCAGUUUACUUCGCGACGAAGUCGAGCAGGAGCUGGUGCACCUGGGAUCUCUCAAGGAGAAGGUGCUUGAGGAGACGCGAAAGCUUGAGGAAGUUUUCGCCACAAUUCGCGAUCACAAUGCCUACUUGGUCGGACAGCUCGAAACCUACAAGUCUUAUCUUCACAACGUGCGUAGCCAGGCCGAGGGCAAAAACCGUGGCAAGACGCCGAAGAACCAGGAACUUGGACCGUACAAGUUCACUCACCAGCAGCUGGAGAAGGAAGGUGUCAUCCGACGCAGCAAUGUGCCCGAGAACAGACGGGCGAACAUUUACUUUAUGUUCAAGAGUCCCUUGCCAGGAACAUUCGUCAUCAGUCUGCACUACAAGGGACGAGCCCGUGGACUACUCGAGCUUGACCUCAAGCUGGACGAUCUCCUCGAAAUGCAAAAGGACAACCUGGAGGACCUCGAUCUGGAAUACGUUCAGUUCAAUGUCACCAAGGUCCUUGCACUUCUAAACAAACGAUUUACACGAAAGAAGGGGUGGUAA